GGUCAGGCUGAGCGGAGAGUCAGAGGGUUUAUUUAACUCGUCGCUCUGUCCUCCCCCACUUUCCCAACGCGCCACCAAGAGGGUUCGACUUCCUUCUGCGGCAGGAGCACGACGUGGACAAAACGCGGGGACUAAACUGAAACCGUUUUCGUACCUAACAGUAACGUUAACGACACUGUUAACAAAGAUGUCAAAUCAGUGAAGGUUUUUUUUAUCCUUUCUUGACGCGUUUUUUUUUGUUUUGUUUUUGGUGCAAUUCCCAAAACUUUCCAUCGUGCGUAAAAUAAAUGCGCAUUUAGUGACUUUGGAGAAGCGCCUCGACUUUGACAGCAUAAUUGGAGUACAAAGAAUGGAGCGAAUUCCAAGCGCGCAACCACCUCCUCUGUCCAAACACCAGGCUGAUCUGUCAGACGUGCAGGGGGUGGAUUUCCAGAUGUAUGUUUAUAAACCAAGGCGAGGAAUGAAGAGAGGAGAAGAGAGCAAGGAAACCUACAAACUGCCUCACAGACUCAUCGAGAAGAAGAGACGUGACCGGAUAAACGAAUGCAUCGCCCAGUUGAAAGAUUUAUUACCCGAACACCUGAAACUCACGACUCUGGGCCAUCUGGAGAAGGCGGUGGUUUUAGAGCUUACACUGAAGCAUGUGAAAGCCCUCACCUCUCUUCUGGAGCAGCAGCAGCAGAAGAUCCUCGCUCUGCAGAAUGGCAUGCAAAUUGAGCAGCCUCCCGUCAGUCAGGAGAAGUCGGAGGAGAUGUUUCGCUCUGGCUUCCACAUGUGUGCCAAGGAAAUUCUUCAGUAUCUAGCCAAUCGUGAGUCAGAUGGAGACUUCACACCAUCCCAUGUAAUCAAUCACCUCCACAAAGUAGCUGGAGAGGUGCUCCAAAAUCCAGUCCGACCCAGAACCCCUCUCAGCCCCCGACCCGAGGAGCUCCCCGCCUACCACCAGCACCAACCUCACAAGGAGAUGCCCACCAGCCUACCGCCUAAACCCAGCGAGGGCUACGGGAGGAACUGCGUGCCUGUCAUCCAGCGGGUGUACGCUCCGCCGAACAGCGAGCAGAGCGGCAGCGAUACAGACACAGACAGUGGCUAUGGGGGAGAGCUGGAGAAAACAGAAUCCGGGGUGUCGCAGGGACGUCCAGAUUAUUACGGGCAGGAGAACCAGCCGAAGCGGCCACAGGGUGACAGGCAGAGCUCCGGCAUCAAGCAGGAGGACGACGAGCCGCGCCACAAGCGGCCCCGGGUGGAGUCGUCCGAGGAUGAGCUGCUCUCAGGUGGAGAAUCAUCAUCAUCGUCAUCAUCCAGCGGCUACGGCAGCUACAUGAGUGUAUCCCCGAGCCAUCCACCUCCUCCUCCACACCCCCUCUGCAUGCCGUUCUACCUCAUUCCACCAUCAGCUGCAGCUUACCUGCCAAUGCUGGAGAAAUGCUGGUACCCCGGCACUGUGCCCAUGCUCUACCCAGGCAUGGGAGGCUCCUCACCCACCAUGCCCAGCGAGAGACCACCUCCACCUCAGCUAGUGUUGUCUCCCAGGGGAGGAUCUCCAGCUCCAGCCAUAUCCCAGACCCCCAUGGAUUCCCCCGCCCUCCUCCAGGCACUAAAGCAGGUACCACCCCUCAACCUGGAAACCAAAGACUGAGUAAUGAAAGAGCGGGUGAAGAGAUAAUCCUGUUCUGGCGGCCUGAGGCAGAGUCAUUAGCAGGAUGGAGAACAUUAAUAAGCUGUUCCUUAAACCAUAAUCAUUCAUCUCCCCAUUUCCUCAUCCUGGAGGUCAAACAGCAAACGAUAGGACUUGUAGAAAUGAUGAAGGAGAGAGAGAGGCGGGAGAAUGCAAAGUUUUGGUUGAAUGUUCAAAUCUCAGUGAUAUUCCUCAGUACAAAUGUAUCAUACAAACUGGACCUGCCCUGCGCACACACACACACACACACACACACACAUCCACAUAUAUAUAUACAUACACACUUGGUUGAAUGUAAAGAAAGAAAAGUUUUAGAUGCUGCUGUUCAAGUGUAAACACCGACGACUGAUGCAUCUCACUUGUAGCUGUCGCGAUACAGACAUGCCAUGUUGUAAUCUAGAAACUGCACCAAAUGUUAGCGCUAAUAUAUCACCCAAAGUUUGUUGCCUAUGUCCUUUGCUCACCAUUCUGAAAAUGCCCUUUCAACCUGACACUAUGAUGAUUGGCACCAUGACUUACAAGGUUUCCCUCAAGUAUGUACAGACAAUAGCAAGGGUAUAUCCAUGGUGGAUGAAGGAAUAGGCCGCCACAUGGCCACAAUGAAUGAGAAGUCUUGUUUUUCAAUGACAGACAGUUGAGAUGGAUUUUCUGUAAUUAUUGUUCAUAGACUUCUUGUACAUUUCUAUUUUUGAUACCCGUUCUUGCACUCUGUCCGCCCCGACAGAUAGAAGGAGGACAGAGUGUGGACAAUGUACGUUGUGUACUCAGAAACUGUGUACAUAUUGUAGCACUGUGCUGGACCUGGUCUGCAUACUCAACAUCUGUUUCUGCUCAAGUCAAACCCGGUGUUUGUUCUUGCUGUUGCCUUUUACUUGUGAAAAGCUGAUAAAUCUCAGAUGUUUAUUCUCUGUACUGCGUAUGAAUACUGGAGUCAAAGGAGUCAGGAGAGGAGAACUGAAUGUAAAAGUUUUACCAGAAGACUAGUUUUCUAUAGAAAGAGGUACUUGAGAUUUUAUAUUUUGGGACCUACAUGAAAGAUGUUUGAUGUACAUAUUUUGUCUAUAAAUGUUGAUAUACAUUAUAUAAGUGUAUUAAUAAAGUAUUUUUUUUCCCGUGGAAA